AUGUCGUGGGAAUAUCGUGGGGAUAUCCUCUUCUACUCCUUCUUCAAGUCCCUGGUGGGGAAGGACGUGGUGGUGGAGCUCAAGAACGACCUGAGCAUCUGCGGGACCCUGCACUCCGUGGAUCAGUACCUGAACAUCAAACUGACCGACAUCAGCGUCACGGACCCCGAGAAGUACCCGCACAUGCUCUCGGUCAAGAACUGCUUCAUCCGCGGCUCCGUGGUGCGCUACGUGCAGCUCCCGGCGGACGAGGUGGACACGCAGCUGCUGCAGGACGCGGCGCGCAAGGAGGCGCUGCAGCAGAAGCAGUGACCCCCCGAACCGGGGGGACCCCUCCCCAAAUCCUGGGGGGACCCCUCCCCAAAUCCCGG